AAAGCGAUCAAGGAGAAGGACAUCCCCAUCGAGGGCCUGGAGUUCAUGGGCCCCAGCAAAGGCAAGGCGGAGAGCUCCUCCUGA